CCGCUGAGGUCGUUAUUACGAGAGGUGAACGUUGUUUGGCAAGCAUCUAAGAGAUAAAGAUUAUUUUAAAGGAAUUAUAUUUUUGUAUUAAGAAAGAUUAUAUUUUAUCAAAGUUGACGAUGGCGCUAAGAAAUCGACCAGUGCUUAUGAAUAAUGUUAAUAAAGAAAAUGUUAUAAAUUCAAAGUCAUCUAUUGCCGCAAGAACAGUAACAACUAAAAGAGCUGUAUUUGGAGAAUUAGGAAAUAAAGUAAAUACACAAAGAGGAGCAGAACCUAUUGAUAGAAGUAGUUUAUUGUUAAAAGAAAAAAAACAAGUAAUUUGUAAGAAGAAUGAUACUAAACAAGUUGAAAAAGUCAAAGAAAAAGUCAAAGAAAAGUCUGCAAAAGUACAAGAAAAGCCACAAGUGCAAUUAGUUAAGCCAAUACCAAAAGUUCAAGUCUCUGUAGAAACUAAUUCAUUACCACCAGCACCUACGAUAUCUACAACAAAAGAAAAAGAAUCAUUUUCAUCUGAUCUUAUGACUGUUGAAGAUAUAGAUGAAACAGAUAAGGAAAAUCCAAUUCUGGUUUCUAUGUAUUGUAAUGAUAUAUAUGAAUAUUUAAGAAGUUUAGAAAAAAAAUUUCCUAUUAAAAAGGAUUAUUUAACUGGACAAGAAGUUACUGCCAAAAUGAGAAGUGUUCUUAUAGAUUGGCUUAUCGAAGUACAUCAACAGUUUCAUCUAAUGCAAGAGACAUUAUAUCUUACUGUUGCUAUAAUUGAUAGAUUUCUUCAGUCGUACCAGACUAUAGACAGGAAAAGAUUACAACUAGUAGGUGUAACAGCAAUGUUUAUAGCUAGUAAAUAUGAAGAAAUGUAUUCGCCAGAUGUAAGCGAUUUUGUGUAUAUAACUGACAAUGCAUAUACAAAAUCAGAAAUUUUGCAAAUGGAACUGCUCAUCUUAAGAACUCUUGAUUUUUCAUUUGGACGACCAUUACCGCUGCAUUUUUUAAGAAGAUAUAGUAAAGCUGGAAAGGCACUUCCCGUACAUCAUACAAUGGCCAAAUAUUUUUUGGAACAGAGUUUAGUACAUUAUGAAAUGUGCCAUUAUUCACCCAGUUUAAUAGCAGCAGCAGCCAUAUAUUUGGCAUUUGUAAUCCUUGGUAAUAAUGAAGAAAGUGAAAAUAAAAGUAUUUGGACAAACACUUUAGAAUAUUACAGCAAUUAUACUAAGGAAGAUAUAUUACCUAUUGUGAAGAAUAUUGCUAUUAUUAUAACAAAUGCAGAUAAAAGUAAAUAUCAAGCUGUGAGAAAGAAAUAUGUAAAUGCCAAAUAUAUGAAGAUUAGUAUUCGUCCAGAACUUAAAUCUCCAACUAUAGUUGCUAUGGCAGUAGAAAACAAGCAAACUUAAUCCUUUUGCUAUAUCAUUAACAACAAUAAAAAUUGCAGAAAGAAAUUCUUUAUCUAUAUACAAUGUCAUCAGACAUAUUAUGAUAUUCCAUCUAGUGUUAUGGUUACAUACAAGGACUGUAUCAUCUGAAAUGUAAACUAAAUUAUAAAUAGGUAAUGAAAAAUCUUAUUUGUCUAUUAGACAUUCGACACACGAAUUGUUCAUGGAAGCUUGCAGCCUCGUUUAUACAAAGGUGUGUUAUAUGUAUUUAGGAGAAUUAUAUACCAUAAUUUUUUAGUAUAAAUAUAGAAUAGCAUGAGAAUGUAGUAAAGAGGAAUAUAUUUUGGACUGUUAUAAUAAUAUUAAAUAUAACAUGGAAAAUCAUAACAUAAGGUAUUUGAUAAUAGAAUAUUAAGCUGCAUUUUAAGUUUUAUCCUUGAAUCGUUAUGAAAGCUUUUUGUUUUUUUUUUGUUUGUUUAUUUUUUUUUUUUUUUUAUAUAUAUUAGCACUACAUAUAUUUUAACAGUACUAUAUGCGGAAUACAUUAAUAUUUCACAAAUAUAUUUUAAUUUAUACUUUUAUAAAAAUGUAUUCAUAAAUAUCUUAACUCAAAAAGCCUUAUUAUUUCAUAAGUCAAACUAGCAGUUCUUAUGUAUUCUAUAUAUUAAAGAUUGUAUAAAUUUAUGUAUACGGGAAAUUUGACUCGAAAUAAAGUACGAUAAUUUUCAAAGGUAAUGUACAUCUCUUGUGCAAAUUUUGAAUGUAUGUAGAGAUAAAAUAUAUAUAGAUAUGAUUUGAUAUAUAUAUAUAAUUUAUAUGCAAUUAUUUAUAUUUUGUAUUACAAUGAAAUCCAUUUGAUUGUAAAUAAACGGAUGAUUGUAUUACAUCAGAAGUGACAUGAAAAAAAAAAUUUUUGACAAGUAAUAAUAAUUCACGAAACAUUAGUUGGUUUAUUUUUGGAUAGGAAAAUUUAUAAUAAAAUUACUUAUGUAAAAUCAUAAACUUUUUUAUAAAUAAUUAGAUUAAGUCUAUAAAAUAGCAUUAAAUUUUGUACAGUUAGGAUACAUAUGAAAUAUAAAAAAAAAAA